AUUCACUCUGACUUGUGGUUAGACCCCAUUCUUGAGCAAAAUCAUAUCCAAAAUGCUCUACAGUUUCCUUCCCCUCUUUUUAACCAUAAAGAUUAACCCAUAACUUCUAAGUAGCACCAGUAUAUAAAGGGAAUCCCCCAUAUUAUUUGUCAGAAAAAAACACGAAGAAAAUGGGGGAGCAAAUGGAGGAAUUAAACCAGGAAACACAGGUUUCCUCAAGAAAGAAAGGAGGUUUAGUCACUAUGCCUUUCAUCAUAGCAAAUGAGGCAUUUGAGAAGGUGGCUAGCUAUGGUUUAGUCCCAAAUAUGAUAUUCUACUUGAUGACGGACUACAAGAUUAGUGUCGCAAAAGGCACAAACAUACUCUUUCUUUGGACUGCUGCUUCCAAUUUUGCCCCUGUUUUGGGUGCAUUUCUUUCAGAUUCAUAUUUGGGUCGAUUUCUCACCAUUGGUUUGGGUUCUUGCUUCUCCUUUCUGGGGAUGCUCUUGUUGUGGAUAACAACAAUGGUCCCACAUUUAAAGCCACCGAUUUGUAAUCAAUUCACCGAAACCUGCAAACAAGCGACACAUUCUCAAUUCGCGUUCUUGAUCUUCGCUUUCGUCUUCAUAUCCUUGGGAUCCGGAGGUGUUCGACCAUGUUCUUUAGCAUUUGGUGCUGAACAAAUCGACGAUAAACACAAUCCCAAAAACGAAAGAGCAUUAGAAAGCUUUUUCGGAUGGUAUUACGCUGCAGGAGCGAUCGCUGUUCUUAUUGCUUUCACGGGUAUUGUUUAUAUUCAAGAACAUGCUGGAUGGAAGGUGGGUUUUGGGGUUCCUUUAAUUCUCAUGUUCUUAUCGACACUCUUGUUCUUUGUUGCUUCUUCACUAUACGUCAAGAUGAAAGUUAAAAAGAGCUUAUUCACUAGCUUUUUACAAGUCAUUGUUGUCGCUUAUAAGAACAGAAAACUACCUUCUCAGCCUCCAAAUUCCGAUUCGUGGCAAUAUCACAAAGAUUCUCCUGAAUCUCUACCCACCAAGAGAUUAAGGUUCUUGAACAAAGCGUGCGUCGUUCAAAACCCAAAAGAUUUAACAUCAGAUGGAGUUGCUUUAGACCCAUGGAGUUUAUGCACAGUAGAGCAAACCGAAGAACUCAAAGCUCUAAUCAGAGUCAUACCAUUGUGGUCUUCAGGUCUCAUGAUGUCAAUAAACGUCGCUCAAUCUUCAUUUCCAGUAAUCCAAGCAAGCACCAUGGAUCGACAUAUGGGAUCAAGCUUCCAAAUUCCCGCAGGUUCUUUUGCUUUCUUCACAAUCGCAGUUCUAGCACUUUGGGUUAUAUUAUACGAUCGUGUUAUAAUCCCAUUGGCUACAAAAAUCCGAGGGAAACAAGUCCAUCUUGGCGUCAAAUUAAGAAUGGGUAUUGGUCUGGUUAUCUCAACCAUAGCCAUGGUGGUUUCCGCCAUUGUUGAACAUGCUAGAAGAAAGAAAGCAAUCGAACAAGGUCUAUACAACAACCCUCAAGCUGUAGUUGCCAUGUCAGCAAUGUGGUUGGUCCCACAAUACUGUCUCCAUGGAUUAGCCGAAGCUUUUAGUGCCAUUGGGCAGAAUGAGUUUUACUAUUCGGAGUUUCCUAAAAGCAUGUCAAGUGUCGCAGCUUCUCUUUUCUUGUUAGGAAUGGCUGUCGCUAAUUUGCUGGCGAGUUUUAUUCUAAACACUGUUCAAAGACUUACGCGAGGUGGUGGAAAAGAAGGGUGGAUCACGACUAAUAUUAACCAUGGGCGUUAUGAUAGUUACUAUUGGGUUCUUGCUGUUAUGAGCUUUGUGAAUCUUUUCUAUUUCUUGGCUUGUAGUUGGGCUUAUGGUCCUUGUGCUGAUGAAAUGGUGAAAGAGGAGGCUACGAGUAAUAGUAGUAAAGACCCUAAUGAAGAGUUACAAAGAGCAAGAUCUGUAGUGGAUGAAAGACAAAAUCUUUUCUCUAGUUUGCCAUCAUAAUCGACCUCUUGCAAAAUCUUGCAAAUAUUAGGUGUUUUUCAAGAAAAGUUCAUGUUAUGGUGGUAAACGUGAUCUUGUUUAUUAGAAUAUAUGAUGAUGGAUCUAAAACCCGAAUGAAAGAAGAAAAAAGAGGGUGUUGGGGAACUAAGAAACUGAUCCAAUGGCUCUUGAAGUUGCAACGAUGGCGACAUGGGGUGUUGUUUAGUUUCGUUCCGUUUGGUUUGAUGCUUGAAGAUAAGAUGUUCGAAGAGCUAUUGUUUGUGGUGUUGAUAGAUGUGGUUUUGUUUAGUUUUGUAUUAUGGAUAUUGUAAUAGGUUUAUAUGUUGGAAUGAACUCGAAAAUAUACUUGUAAACAUAAAUAUUAUGCGUGUUUUAAGA